GCGUUGAAAUACACAACAAUGCACAUUUCCUGUCGAUUGUAAUUUUAUGGAAUGUCUAAAGAAAGCGUAGCUUGUGAUUCUGCAAUGUAGCUUUUGAAAUAUUGGCGAUCUGUCACUUUGCUAGACGUUCGAAUGGAAAUAUAAAGUUGUCAAAAAGUUGUGGGACCAAAGGUUGUUUUUCUGUGCAUGGACGGAAAGCCAAUGCGCAGGAGGUCAGAGAAAGUCUCCUGUUGCCACUGCAAAUUGAGCUAUAAUUGGAAGAGUUGAUUACUGUUUGGCAACAAGAAUUGCUCAGGCAGUUGCUCGGGGGAUAACAGAUGCCAACUGAAGAGGCCUUGGAUUGCACUGUAGACAAUGGGUACAAGUGCACGCCCAGACAAUACCGGAAUGGAUAUCACCGCACGCUGCACACUGGGUGACCCCAACAAGCUCCCAGAGGGUGUGCCCCAGCCGGCACGCAUGCCCUAUGUGUCGGACAAGCACCCUCGCCAGACGUUAGAGGUCAUCAAUCUGCUACGCAAGCACAGGGAACUGUGUGAUGUCGUGUUGGUGGUCGGCGCCAAAAAGAUAUAUGCCCACCGGGUGAUCCUGUCGGCCUGCAGCCCUUACUUCAGGGCCAUGUUCACAGGCGAGCUGGCUGAGAGUCGGCAGACUGAGGUUGUGAUCCGGGACAUUGACGAGCGGGCCAUGGAGCUUCUCAUUGACUUUGCCUACACCUCGCAGGUUACUGUAGAGGAGGGCAAUGUGCAGACGCUGCUGCCCGCCGCUUGUCUGUUACAACUGGCCGAGAUUCAGGAGGCUUGCUGUGAGUUUCUCAAGCGUCAGUUGGACCCCUCCAAUUGCCUGGGUAUCCGUGCAUUUGCUGACACCCACUCCUGCCGCGAGCUGCUGCGGAUAGCUGACAAGUUUACACAGCACAACUUUCAAGAGGUGAUGGAGAGUGAGGAGUUCAUGCUGCUUCCAGCCAACCAGCUGAUAGACAUUAUCUCCAGCGAUGAACUGAAUGUGCGAAGUGAAGAGCAGGUUUUCAACGCCGUCAUGGCCUGGGUCAAAUACAGCAUUCAGGAGCGCCGGCCACAGCUGCCACAGGUGCUCCAGCACGUUCGUCUUCCUCUUCUGAGCCCUAAAUUCCUGGUGGGAACAGUGGGAUCAGACCCUCUCAUCAAAAGUGAUGAGGAGUGCAGAGACCUGGUUGAUGAGGCAAAGAACUACCUCCUCUUGCCCCAAGAGCGACCUCUAAUGCAAGGGCCAAGAACACGGCCCCGGAAGCCCAUCCGGUGUGGAGAAGUGCUGUUUGCAGUUGGAGGGUGGUGCAGUGGGGAUGCCAUUUCCAGUGUGGAGCGAUAUGACCCACAGACCAACGAGUGGCGCAUGGUGGCUUCCAUGAGUAAGAGGCGCUGUGGAGUGGGGGUCAGUGUCCUUGAUGAUCUUCUCUAUGCUGUCGGCGGCCAUGACGGGUCCUCAUAUCUCAACAGUGUGGAGAGGUAUGACCCCAAGACCAAUCAGUGGAGUAGUGAUGUGGCUCCCACCAGCACGUGCAGGACCAGUGUGGGUGUGGCUGUCCUGGGAGGGUAUCUGUACGCAGUAGGGGGCCAAGAUGGAGUAUCGUGUCUCAACAUUGUUGAAAGAUAUGACCCCAAGGAGAACAAAUGGACACGCGUGGCCUCGAUGAGCACCAGGCGCCUGGGUGUAGCCGUGGCUGUACUGGGGGGCUUCCUCUAUGCGGUGGGAGGCUCUGAUGGCACGUCCCCUCUCAAUACAGUGGAGAGGUACAAUCCGCAAGAGAACCGCUGGCACACCGUCUCUCCCAUGGGCACCAGGAGGAAACACCUAGGCUGUGCAGUGUACCAGGAUAUGAUCUACUCUGUAGGCGGUCGUGACGACACCACCGAGCUGAGCAGCGCCGAGCGCUACAACCCCAGGACCAACCAGUGGUCACCUGUUGUAGCCAUGACUUCAAGGCGUAGUGGGGUUGGACUAGCGGUGGUAAAUGGUCAGUUAAUGGCCGUGGGUGGCUUUGACGGGACAACAUAUCUUAAAACAAUAGAGGUCUAUGAUCCUGACGCUAACACAUGGAGACUCUAUGGUGGAAUGAACUACAGGCGACUUGGAGGAGGGGUUGGUGUUAUCAAAAUGACUCACUGUGAAUCCCACAUAUGGUAACGCCACCAGUUUAAAGGCCUCACCGUUGCUUGUGCCUCUGAAAGAAACAUUGUUUAUCAUGCAAGGAAGGAAGACUAUAUUAACUUUAACUUAUCCACAGCCGUGUAAUUGGCAAGCCAAGGAAAAGUCUUGAGUGACUACAAGAUGUGUCAAGUCUGGAAGGCUUCUCAUCUAGUAGUCUAUGGUUCAUCUCUCCAUUCUGUAAUUCCUGUAUUAUGACUUGACACGCCAAGCCAGCCAAGGCCAAGAGGAACCAACUGAAUUGGCCUGCAUCAAUCACAUGAGGAACUAUUAUUUAUGACAUCACUGCGGCAAACACUUAAUUUCACCUUUUUCUGUUACUGAAAUGGAAUGAUGCAGCUGCACUUUAGGAUACAGUUCAGACUUUUGCUGUGUGACCUGUUAUACUAUACCAACAUUGAGUUUACAUUUAAAUAUUAAAUGGGGCAUGACGAAGAAUCGUCAAAUAGAGCUGAUGUUUAACUGAAAAUGUAGGAUGUGGUCGCAUUGCUUCUCCUGAUCUUGAUUGUGAAUAGUUGAACUUGUUAGGCAGUUGUUUGAAUCUCCUCUAAAUUGAAUGCACUGUGAUUAUAAUUAUUUUAGAAUAUGUUAUUUUUUUGGCUGUUUUUAUUGGAGGUAGACACUGAGCAUAACCUGGAGUUCUAUAUUCACAACUGGGGGUCAAUUGUUGGCCGACUAAGAUGUUAGCACUGUGCUGCUUACACAAUAUUACACUGAGUAUACCAAGUAUUAGGAACACCUUCCUAAUAAUGAGUUGCACCCCCCAUACCAUGUUUGAAGGCACUUAAAUGUUUUAUCUUUUCCACCCUCUGAAUGGCACACAUACACUAACCAUUUCUCACAUCUUAAAAAUCCUGUUCCCGACCCCCCAUCUACACUGAUUGAAGUGGAUUUAACAAGUGACAUCAAUAAGAGCCUUCACCUGGAUUCACCUGGUCAGUAUGUAAAGGAAUGAGGUGUUCUUAAUGUUUUAUAUACUCAGUGUAUAUAACUGUUUCAUACAAGAUUGUUAUUGCCCAUUUAAGGCUGGAUAACAGUUGAUAUUAUUUUAGGAGCAACUCCUUGACACAUCGCUUGUGCGUUUAACAUUAUAUGACACAUUUCUGAGACAGUCUUGCACUUUAAUCUAUUAUAGAUUUAAUCUAUUGCCCGACCCAGGCAAUCCCUGGGUGAAAAACCUGAAAUACACUACUUUCAUUUAUCUGCCUGCGACGCCCUCAAAUUUAGCCUCACAUUGAAGUGUUUUGUCAUUUUCUUUUCAGGACAACCAUGGCUACAAGUAGAACACAAAAUAAUUUGACAUGAACAGUUGCAUUUGAGUUUUAUUCACAAAUGUCAAUGAAAACAAGGUUCACCAAGCAAAAACCUUAUAGAAAAUGUAUUUAUAAGAUUGCUGUAAGUAUAGAAAUUGUUUUCUCAGUUGGAAAUAAAUAUCCAACUAUUCAGUGACAGCUGUGUAGAAUUUGUGGUAGCAACUGUGAGCUUAUUGCAGUAUUAUAGACACUAUGUCCUGGGGUGUCCAAUCUAUGUAGAAGAGCCUUUACCUUCUAACGACGCUUGUGAGCAAAACAGUGUGCAUGUUUGUAGGUAUCUCGAGUUUCAUAGUGGAGUCAUAAGUUUGUAGUCAAACCGUUCAGACUUUACAGACAUUUGUGAGAACUGUCUUCCUUGUCUCACAAACACAGCUCCAGCUCAGCCGCUGUUAAUCGCAUAAGAAAUAGACGAAUCCAAUGCAAAAACCCAGAAGCCUGUUUUAAAAGGGGUUAAGGCACUAAAACGCACCAGCUUUACCGUGAUACUCGAAGCAUUUUAAUGUCUAUAUAAAUCCCAUGUUACCAUUGAGCAUAAACAUAUUUCAUGUGUUCUGCUGAAACUCUAUGCGUAUAUCACCCAAAUGUGUCAUUUGCUCAAGUAAUUAUUAGCCUAUACCGGUCAUUCAGUGGUAGAGAAAUUGCUACCUUCUGAAAUGAAUGUCCCUCUUUCACGCAUAAGUAUGGAAGUGUUUUGGGGGCAAAUGUUUAGGAAGAAAGAUGAGGGAUGCCUAAUUUCAGCUGAAGGUCUGAGAUUUCUCUUUAUGAGCUAUAAGCCUUGAUAAAACACGUGGCAUUUUACCCUUAUUAACUGUUGUGGAUUUGUCUGUGUACUGACAAAAUAACCCAUUCUGUUAAUAAAAACCUUUUUUAUUUCCAACUUUAAUAA